AUGGUAGUUCCUGAUACUGUGGGCAGGAGGAAUGCCCCUCGGCAGUGCUUAAACCUGCUUUCCAAACGCAAGAGGCAGCUUUGUGCCAAAAGGCAGAUUGGAAGCAUCAAUGCAAAAACAUUACCAGCGAUUCAAGAAAACUCUAAGGUGGAUUGCUUUUCAGCUGAACAAAGUGUUAAACUGAAUUACAAUGAAAACACAGGCAUGAAUAUGAAUGAAAAUAUCAGUGAAAUGGACAGUGAUACAACUCAGGAUUUUCUGCAUUUGAACUCUGGAAGUAGAGAAAGCCUGGGAAGUAACGAGACUAGUUCAGGGAUGACCCUACCAACUGGUGUUUCAGACUUUCUGCUAGAGUGCUUGGAUUCUAGUAUAGAAGCUAAUACAGAAUCUGGUGAUAGAACAAAUAGUUACUCAUCGCCUGAAACAUUCAGGGAUGACAGUGAUUUAGAAGAAACCUGUUCUAGAUCCAAAGAAUACUUUGGAUGCAAGAACUCUACGCUCCUGAACACCAGCAAAGCCCUCAAUAUAGACAAGAUGCCACCAUUGCCAAGUUUUUCAAAAAUAUUUGGAAAUACUUUGGAAGGUCGAGAUGCAAGUGACACGCAGUUCAAGCAUAAACGGUGUUGUGAAUCAACAGAUGUGUCAACUACAGUAGCAGGGAAACAAGUGCACAAAAUCCUGUCAUCAAAGGAAAAAACACCAAAAUCAAAUCCUUCUGAAAUCUUGGUACUGCCCCCAAAACAAAACAAACAGCUCACCUUGUCAGUGCAGAAAGCUGCCGCCAAUGAAAAUUUUUCAAACACAACUAGCCUACAUCUGGGAGAAACUGUUCCGGCACCUCCAGAGAGCAGUAUUUUUCAGUAUCUGCAUCAUCCACCAGAAAUCUGCUGUAUCAUUAAAGCUUCACCAGAAUUUAGACUAAUGAAAGUUGUCCAGCAUCCACUGAGCAGACAAAUACUGUCCCCCCCACCAGGAGUAUCAACAGAUAUUAUUACCAGUGACAGAAACUGGAUCUACAGUAAUAACAGAUGAUCACUUCCCCUGUUGCUCAGGACAUGACAGGGAAAAAAAAGAUUGGAAGCAAGAAA